CAGCACUAGUAGGUUUAGCCGAAUGGAUUUGAUCAUCAUCAGUCAAAUUCACCGUCAGUAAAUUUUUAGCGGAGAGCGCAUUGAAACGGCUCAACACAUAAUUUACUCGGAGUAAUCUUAUCUCAAUGUUUGAGCCGUGAAUCUGUUGCGGUGAUAUAAUUGUUUUGUUUUGCCGAUAAAAACGAAGUGCUUCAGAGUGAUUGAUACUGACGGAAUAAAAGUGUUUUACCGUAGUUUGUAAAUUACAAGUAUUUUUGUGGGUAUUAUUAGGUAACAUCUCGUGCCGACGAAUUAUAAAAUUGUCGAACUUAUUCAAUAGAGCCAGUGAACAUUGAUAAUGUUAAAAUCACCAUAAUUAUUAAAAGUAACCUGUUUUGUAUUCUUCUGAUCGCGGUUGUUCCAUUGUGUGAACCAUGGAAUCCCUGAAGAAGAAAGGUCGCCCACCUCAUCCAAGGGCCAAAGCCAACCCAUUAUCAGCAUUAACAUUUUCAUGGACUCUUCCAAUGUUUUUCGGAGGGCUGAAGAAGGAAAUGGAAGAGCAUGAAUUAUAUGAACCUUUAGAUGAGCAUGCUUCUGGUCCACUGGGCGACAAAUUCGCUCGCCUCUGGGAGGAAGAGGUCGCGAGAGCAAACGGCAAGAAGCGCACCCCCAGCCUCCUCCGAGUGAUCCUCAGAGCGUACGCCGCACGAUGUAUGCUUUACGGAAUGGUGCUGCUGUUUAUGGAGUGUGGGAUAAGGUUAGCCCAACCAGUGUUCCUGGGCAAACUGGUCCAGUUCUACAGUCCUGAAAACAAGAACAUGGACUUCACUGAAGCGUACUUAUACGCGGGGGCCGUCGUGCUAUGCUCUGCUCUGAAUGUAUUCGUCGUGCAUCCUUACAUGAUGGCCAUUCUGCAUAUGGGCAUGAAGUUUAGAGUGGCUUGCUGUUCACUUAUUUACAGAAAGUCGCUCAGGCUGUCAAAAACAGCUCUCGGCGAGACGACGGUCGGCCAGGUAGUGAAUCUCCUGUCAAAUGACGUCAACCGGUUCGACGUGGCCAUCAUAUUCCUGCACUACCUGUGGAUAGGACCGCUGGCCACCGUCAUCAUCACAUACCUCAUGUGGCUGGAAAUCAGCUGGGCGGCAGUCGUUGGAGUCGGAUUCAUGUUACUCUUCAUCCCUUUACAAGCGUAUCUCGGCAAGCGGACUUCGGUGCUUCGACUGAAGACGGCUCUCAGGACUGAUGAGCGCGUGCGACUCAUGAACGAGAUCCUCUCCGGCAUCCAGGUCAUCAAGAUGUACACCUGGGAGAAACCCUUCGCGGACCUCGUCGCGAAAGCUAGAAAGCAAGAAAUAAAGCAGAUCCGCGCGACCUCCUACAUCCGCGGCGUGCUCACCUCGUUCAUAAUGUUCACGACGCGCAUCUGCCUGUUCUGCUCGAUCCUGGCGUACGUGCUGGUCAACAACGUCAUCAGCGCGAAGCAGGUCUUCGUCAUCACCAGCUUCUACAAUAUACUGCGGCAGACUAUGACCGUGUUCUUCCCUCAAGGUAUUGCUCAAAUAGCAGAAGCGACCAUAUCAAUAAAGCGUCUCCAGAGCUUCAUGCUGUACGAAGACACGAGCAAACCAGUGCCCGGCCUGGCCGAGAUACAGACCUCCACGAAGCCCAAAGACAAGAAAGAUUUAGAAGAGGCAGCUAAAGAGGAUGAAACUCCGAGAGAAACGCCCAAAGCGUCCGAGACCUCUGAAACUUUGUUGGCGGAGACAAGCAAGCAGGAUGAGGCUAAAGGCAAUGGUAACGCUACUCUCGCGCCUCUCGAAUCCGCCGAAGAAGACGACCAGGAACUAUCGACGCGAGUAGAGGAAGACUCGAGGGGAGUUAGGCUAAAGCACGCCACGGCGAAAUGGAUAGUGUCGCACACGGAGAACACGCUGACAGACCUCUCGCUGACAAUCAAACCUGGCAAACUGAUAGCUGUGAUCGGACCAGUAGGCGCUGGAAAAUCGUCCUUAUUGCACGUGUUAUUACGAGAGUUACCGCUACAGUCUGGAAGCGUGCACAUAGGGGGAACUGUUUCAUACGCGAGUCAGGAACCAUGGUUAUUCGCAGGCAGCGUCAGGCAAAACAUAUUAUUCGGGCAGGCGAUGGACCGUCCGCGGUACAACACGGUCGUCCGCCGUUGCGCGCUCGACAGAGACUUCGCACUUCUACCGCACGGCGACAAGACGGUUGUCGGUGAGCGAGGUGUCAGUCUUAGUGGAGGCCAGCGCGCGCGCAUAUCUCUAGCGCGUGCGGUAUAUAAGCGCGCGGACAUCUAUUUACUAGACGACCCGCUAUCGGCCGUGGACGCACACGUGGGCAGACACCUGUUCGAGUCGUGUGUGGUGGGCUACCUGCGCAACUCCACCCGAAUCCUCGUCACGCACCAGCUGCAGUUCCUUAGGGAUGUCGACCAGAUUAUAAUAUUAAAGAACGGCACCAUAGCCGCUGCGGGUAACUUCGACACCCUCAGUGCAUCAGGUCUGGACUUCGCUUCGCUGCUAGCGCGGGAGGAAGAAGAAGAAAAUAAACCGGCGCCAGAACAGACUCCCACGAUUGAAACCGAGGAAUCUGUGCUGCAGGGCAGUUUCCGAAAAAGGCAGAUGAGUAUACACUCGGUGAGUUCAGUGGACAACCUGACCGCGACCGCUCCGCCAGAGGGUGGGCGCGAAGAGGCGGAGCUUCGCUCAGCGGGCGCGGUGUCCGGCAAAGUGUACGGCGCGUACCUCGGCGCCAGCGGACACCCGCUACUGGUGUUCUUUAUGGCGUUCGUGGCUGUACUGGCGCAACUGCUGGGCUCCGGCUCCGAUUGGUGGACCAGCUUUUGGGUAAAUAACGAAGAGGCGUACAGCACAAAAUUAGUAGACUCCUUAGUUCUGGCAAGGAAUAUCACAGGGCCAAUUGAAAGGGAAGCUUUGAUAAGGGAGGGACUCGUGGAGGACGUGCAAUACCAGCCCGGCGGCCUGACGCGCUACGACUGCAUUUAUAUUUAUACUGGUAUGGUGGUGGCGUUAGUGAUCAUAUCGCUGCUACGUUCGUUCAUGUUCUUUUCAAUGGCGAUGCGAGCGUCAACCCGUCUACACAAUAACAUGUUUGGAGCAAUCACGCGUGCACCAAUGCGGUUCUUCCACGUCAACCCUUCUGGACGAAUCCUGAACAGAUUCUCGAAGGAUAUGGGCGCUGUUGACGAGGUCCUGCCGUCAGCUUUGCUUGAUGUGCUUCAGAUCGGUCUAUCCCUGAUCGGUAUCGUGGUGGUAGUGGCGGUGGUGAACUACUGGCUUCUUCUACCGACGCUGGCCAUCGGCGUGGUGUUCUACGGCCUUCGCAUCUUCUACCUGGCGUCGUCGCGCAGCAUCAAGCGCCUCGAGGGUGUGACUCGCAGUCCAGUGUUUUCUCACUUGAACGCGUCGCUGCAAGGAAUCACCACGAUCCGAGCGUUCGGCGCGCAAGAGGCUCUGAUUAGAGAGUUCGACAAUCACCAGGACCUUCACAGUUCAGCUUGGUAUUUGUUCAUUGCCAGCUCCAGAGCGUUUGGUUUCUGGCUGGAUCUCGUGUGCGUCGUAUACAUAGCAGUGGUUACGUUAAGUUUCCUCGUCUUUGGACAAACUGAACAUGGUGGUAACGUGGGUCUGGCCAUAACGCAAGCGAUGGGCCUCACCGGCAUGUUCCAGUGGGGAAUGCGGCAGUCCACAGAACUGGAGAAUCAAAUGACUAGCGUAGAAAGAAUACAAGAGUAUUCCAACAUCGAGCCGGAGCCGCCUCUAACGUCCGAGCCGGACAAGAAGCCGCCGCCAUCGUGGCCGUCCGCCGGACGCGUGGUGUUCAAACACGUGUUCCUUUACUACGCGCCCGGAGAGCCGCCUGUGCUCAAAGACCUGUGCUUUGAAAUCCUGCCUAAGGAGAAAGUCGGCAUCGUAGGACGCACCGGCGCUGGGAAGUCCUCGCUCAUCAACGCGCUCUUCAGGCUUACAACAAUCGAGGGCGAGAUCAUAAUCGACGGGCGCGAGACGGCGUCGAUGGGUCUGCACGAGCUGCGCAGCCAGGUGUCCAUCAUCCCGCAGGAGCCCGUGCUGUUCUCGGGCUCCAUGCGCCACAACCUCGACCCCUUCGACGAGUACCCCGACCAGGUGUUAUGGCGCGCUCUCGAGGAGGUGGAGCUAAAAGAAGCAGUGAUGGAGCUGCCAGCCGGUUUAAGUUCUCGCAUCUCAGAAGGCGGCGGCAACUUCUCGGUGGGCCAGCGGCAACUAGUGUGCUUGGCGCGCGCUAUUGUGCGUCGCAACAGAUUACUGGUGCUCGACGAGGCUACUGCCAACGUCGACCCUCAAACUGAUGCGUUGAUACAAACUACAAUAAGGAAUAAGUUCGCAGACUGUACUGUACUUACGAUUGCUCAUCGGCUCCACACUGUUAUGGAUUCGGAUAAGGUGCUAGUGAUGGACGCAGGUCAAAUGGUGGAGUUCGACCACCCACACAACUUGCUGCAGAAGGAAGGCGGCGUGCUUCGCGCGAUGGUCGAACAGACCGGCCGCUCUAUGGCCGACUCGCUCGCGCGUGUUGCGCAACAGGCAUACGAGAAGAAAUAUGCGCCUCAAGAACCUCAAGCACACGGGAGCAGCCAGUGAUGAAGUUACUUAAUAGGUUUAAAUUAUGUUCACGUUCCUAUCGUUGAAUAAUGUACAACGGAUCUAAAAAUACUAUUUCCACAUUGUCAAUUUUGUGUCGAGUUUUGUCGUCGUUUUCAAUUCAUUAUUGAAUUUGAAUCUUUACACUGUUGGUGAAUUAGGUUUCGUAGAUUUUGAAUAAGUUAUAUUUUUCUAUGACAUAUUUUCUAUUGCAUUUCGCUGCCAUCACAUGCUUAAUAUAUUUUAUGAUCUUAUUUAGGUUAUUUUGUGUAGAAUGAGGCGUUAGCAAAAGUUGAGAAUCCCUUAGGUGAAUUUAUUGUUCGAAUCUCUACCACUAAGAACUUUCGAAUUUAUCGUAAGUAGUACGUUGAGUACAGCCUUUUUGUCUAUUUUGUAUAGACGUAGUCGCGACAAUAAGAAAAUGUGAUACAAUUUUUAAAUGUUACUGCCAUUGUUUUAUACCCAUUUUAUGCCUUUUGCUAACGCAACAUCCUGCCCGGUUGUUACUUAUACCUGUGCUUAUACUUGCAAAAUCGCCAUGUGUUUAAAAACUUCAUACUCAAUAAGGGAAGUGUCGUUAUAUGCGUGAAUGUCAUAGAAUGUAACGUCACAAUAAUUUUGUCGAAUGUAUUAGUUAAUAUUAUACAAACAACCACUAUGUUUAAGAAUAGAUUUAAUAGUAGCUGUGGAAUACAUACAAAGGACAAGUGAGAUUUUUUUUUACAUAUUUUACAUGUUAUAUAAUUUUUAACCAAAUUUUCGAAAUGAUUUUAGAACUAAAAUGAAAUGUUAUGAAUCUGGAAAUUCAUAAAAAUUAUUUCUAUCUAUCUCUAUCUAUGUCAGCCUUUGGGUUCGCCUUCGAACAUAGGCCUCCUCUUCAACCCUCCACCGACUUCUGUCCCUGGCCACACGCAUCCAGUUCACUCCAGCCUGCUGCCGGAUAUCGUCUGUCCAUCGUUUAGGCGGUCUUCCCCUGCCGCGGGUGUUGUUGCGGGGUCUCCACUCCAGGGUCUUUCUGGCCCAGCGAUCCUGGUUCAUCCGUGCAUUGUGCCCUGCCCAUCUCCAUUUACGGCUCUCAAUCUCUUCCACCACAUCGCUGAUCCUCGUCUUUUCUCUGAUCCACUCGUUCCUUUUGUGAACUUGUAGGGAAACGCCAAGCAUCUGUAUUUCCAUUGCUCGUUGUUAUUACUUAUGUCUGAGUAAAUUACGAUCUGUGCAAUCACGACUGAUUUUAUAUCUGCGGUGCUAGUUUUAUACUUACUUUCUACGAUUGUGGCCUUAAUACGUACUUAGGUUUGAUGAAAUGUUCCAAAUCUACGCUGUGAGACAUCUUAUUGCAUGUUUAGAAAUAUUUUUUACAAUAUGAACUAGCGCAUAUUAUUUUAUUUUAUUCAGUGAUUUGAUUAUGUAUACCAAUUUUUAUUAUUUAAUUUGAAUGUGAUAAUUUUUUUUAAAAUGUGUAUGCUGUGCCUGAUACUUAGAGAAACUUGAAUUAUAUUUAGCACUAAGAAUCUGUUGUUGUUGGAUAUUACAACAAAAUAUAGUUAUUCUAUGUA